AAACAUUAUUUAUAUUAAAAAUAAAUAAUAAUUUCUUUAAUUAUUUCCCCAGAGUCCAGAGGUAUUUGGAAUCCACUCACUACAAUUUACUGUUUUAUUAUUCUUUUAAUGAAUAUGUCAGAUGAUAAUUUAGAAUCCAGUAAAAAUGUUGAACCUGAAAACCAAACAAUAGAAUAUCCAAAGAAGCAACUUUUCAGGCAAAGAGCUCACUGUAACCCUCUGUCGGACAGUUUCAUACCUUAUCCUGAAAAUCCAAGACAUGUUAACUGGUUUAAAAGGUAUCCCAGUGUGUACGACAAUGAUCAUUACCUGCAAUUCAACACAAAUGAUUACCCUGAAGACUACACAACCUCGCUAGAGGAUGAAAAUUAUCCAAAAGUUGACUUUCUUGAUGUCGGAUGUGGUUACGGAGGACUAUUAAUAUAUUUAUCUAAACUUUACCCUAGCAAAUUGUCACUGGGAAUGGAAAUUAGAGAUAAAGUAACAAAUUAUGUCGGAAAGAGGAUAAUAUCACUUAGAGAACAGAACCCAGGAGAGUACCUUAACAUAUCAGUGGUUCGAACGAACUCCAUGAAGUUUCUACCAAAUUAUUUGGGGAAAAACCAGCUGGAAAAAAUAUUCUUUUGUUUCCCAGACCCACAUUUUAAACGCUCAAAUUGGAGAAGAAGAAUCGUAAACUACCCUUUACUGUCACUGUAUGCAUACUUCUUGAAACCCGAAGGAAGACUAUACAUAGUAACUGAUGUGUACGAACUCUACGCGUGGAUGGAAAACGCACUUGAAGAUCACCCGUUAUUUGAGCCUCUAAACGAUAUUGAUAAGGGCAAAGAUGAGUGUUAUCUCACAUUUGAUAAGGAGACGGAAGAGGGCAAAAAGAACCACAAAUUGCAGUCAACAACAUAUAAAAAUGUAUAUAGAAGAAAAUAAACCCUUUAAAUAGUCUGGAAAUUCCAAAAGUUUAUCGGAUCUACGCUGGUAAUAAAAAUGUGGUUGAUUAUGGCAUGAAUAAAAUCAGGAAGAACAACCAACAAAAUAAUUUUUUAAAUAAAUU